GGUGUGAGUGUAUAAAAAGGCGCGCGGGGCUCAGAGCCUCACUUCCUCCGCUCAGGUGCGCCCUGCAGACAGAGAUGCGCGUGAUGGAGCGCACGUUCCGCGAGCAGCUGUUCUUCCUGCUGUUGUGCGCGUCGGUGCUGAAGGGAGACUGCAGGUACAUCGAGAACAACGAGAUCUCCAAAGAUGAGUUAUAUUCUUUCUUCAACUCGGAGCUGAAGAGAGAAACAGCGGAGGAGUUAAUGUACCGUCGACCUCUGCGCUGUCUGGACAUGGUGGCGGUGGAGGGUCAGUUCACCUUCACGGCCGAGCGUCCUCAGCUCAGCUGCGCCGCUUUCUUCAUGGCCGAGCCCAACGAGGUGAUCACGGUGGAGUACGACAACGUCGACAUCGACUGCAGGGGAGGAGACUUCAUCACGGUGUUUGACGGCUGGGUGAUGAAAGGGGAGAAGUUCCCCAGCUCCCAGGAUCACCCGCUGCCUCUGUACGAGCGAUAUGUGGAUUACUGCGACUCGGGAGCGCUGAGGAGAAGCGUGCGCUCCUCUCAGAACGUCGCCAUGAUCUUCUUUCGGAUUCACAACGCCGGCAGCAGCUUCACGCUGACCGUCAGGAAACACAUCAAUCCGUUCCCCUGUAAUGUCAUCUCCCAGUCACCAGAGGGCAGUUACACGAUGGUGAUCCCGCAGCAGCACAGGAACUGCAGCUUCUCCAUCAUCUACCCGGUGGAGAUCGACGUCUCUGAGUUCAGCCUCGGACACUUCAACAACUUUCCCAAGAGGUCCAUGCCCGGUUGUGCAGAAUCAGGAGAUUUCGUGCAGCUGUUGGGAGGAAGCGGCAUCGACACGUCGAAGCUGCUGCCCAUCACGGACCUCUGCGUCUCCUUCACUGGACCCACCCACAUGAAGAUCGGCUGCGACAACACGGUGGUGAGGAUGGUGUCCAGCGGGAAGUUCGUCAGCCGAGUGUCGUUCAGCUACAGGCUACUGGACAGCCAGGAGCUGCAGACCAUCAAACUCAACAACGUGGAGGAUUUCUGUUUCAACAACUGAAGCCGACAGGAUCCUCACACGCAUCAUCUGACUGCAAACAUUUUUUAAAUCCUCUUCUGAAGAGCCACAGAUCCACCCGGUCGCUCCGUCUGAUUAGAUGAAACGUCUUAAAUCCGAAGACGUAAACAUAAAAGAAAAAUAAGAUGAAUUACGAUCACACACUUUUUGUUUUGGUUCUUGUUUUUCCAUCUUCUUUCAGUCGUUCCGUUGCCGUUGCUGAAUAAAGCUCGACGAAGUGUCCUUUUGUGUUUGGUGGAACUGCUAUUGUUUUUAUCUUCUGUGUAUUUAUUAAGACUUACUGAUGAUGCUGUUUUUCUGUUACGCUGUAUGAGUUCGUGGUCAACAUUCUUGCAAAGGGACGGUGCUAAAACGAAUGUUACCUUCUGUUUAUGUUGCUGAACGACACGCGAUGUGCCGAGUUCAUUUCCUGCACCAGGUGACGCAGGUGAGGGCGACGGUCAAGUGUUCCAUGUAAUAAAUACAGUGUUCAUUGCCAUGAUGCAGUUCAAUUUGUAUAAAACCUUUUUGUAAUAAAACUACAUCGCAUGACAAAGCAGCCGACGGUGGUUUUCGCUUUUGUUUCAGUUGUGAUAAAAGUGUUUUUCUAUGUUUUUCUACUGCAACACUGCAACAAUAAUGAACACGUUCAAGACCAAGAGGGAGUGACGUAUCGACUCUCAGGCUGAGAUUCAGCACGACGUGUUUCAC